CACAGCCCAUUAUGAAAUCCAUUUAGGCCCGCUCAAGGUGCCCCACUUGAAGCCCAGUAGGCUAGAGCAUCCAAGACCCAUUCCGUCCUGGAACGUCAGAGCAGCAACAACGUGACAACCCUCCUGAGGACGGCAGCAAUAGUCUCAAGACACUGACACUGGGGUGCAUUCGAGGUCGAAAAGACCGGGUCAAGAUGGCGUCGCCCUUCUCCUUGCGGCCCUGGCCUAUGGGGGACAAGAAACCCAAAAACCUGGGCGAGUUCAUUGCCCGCGUCAAUGCCGAGCAUGAAAGCUUCCGCCAUGUCACCGAAGCACAACUGCGUGAGGAAUUGGCAGCCCAGACGGAUGGCCGUCUCGACAACGGCAGCCUGGAAGGCAACUCUGAGUCCGACUCCGAUUCUGAGACCGACAAGACCAAAAACGUCUUAGCAGCACGCGAUGAGAUCCUACGGAGUAUUGACUCUGCGCAUCAAGACUCCUUGAUGUGCCUCGACUUCAUUUCUCUCCUACUCACCAAGGAAUCCCCCGUCACGGCAGGUGUGUCGCUACGCCCAGAAAUGCGCGAUAUGGUCGGUAUUGGCACGUUGGGCGCAACCAAGACGAAAGACUCGAAUGUGACCGAGGCUCGCAAGAAUGAUAAUCUCGCUGUAGCCGCUGGUUGGAGGGUCAUGGGCAUCAACAAAAUGGUCGACUCCGUCGUUGCUGCUGCAGAACGCCUCGAGAAGGAAAUCACCCUCGAGACUAAGUACUGGGCCGACAUUCUUGCCGUCAGUGAAAAUGGUUGGGCCGUCUCUGCUCUGCCUCAAGACCCGCAUACCCUUGGUGUCCGCUUCGGCUUUUCUGAGGCUGCCACUGAGUACCGCGACAAUAGUAUUGCUCCUCUGCGGCGGAAUGAUGACGGCACAGUGCGGCUUGCCCAUGGCCGGGUCGGUGCGGGAUCGCAGAGAGUUCGCGUCGUCAUCGAGAGAAACAACGAGGUUAUAGGAAGGUCCUCCUUACCACGACGCACGCCAGACAAUGCCCCUCUUCAAGACCGCGUCCUUGAAGCGCGUAACACAAUCUUUGCCCAAGAACUCUGGCAUGAGAUCAACCGGGAAGCCCGCACGCUUCUAUCACUGGGCGUCCGUUCUGACGAAUCCAGCGUCACGUGUGCCGUUGACGCCAACACCAAAGCCAUCUUUACCCUAGAAGACCUAGGCGAAGAGGCUUUGGUUGAGACCUUACCCGAGGAUGAAACAGCAGAGGCUGUGACUCUAGCGCUUUGUUUCUGUCUUUGCCAUUCCCACCGGCAGAAUUACAAUAGGCGGUCGAGGGUUUCUCAGUCGGCUCAAAGUCGUGAUCCAUACAGCAUCCUCCGCCACAUCAUCACGCGCUUCAGAUAUAACGCGGCUUGUUCCGCCCUGACGUGUUUCCUCUCCGGGCUGGUGGAAACACUCAAUCGAGCUGGAGUUUCGACCGCAUCAUGUACUGAUUCUAUACCCCCGGCUAGCUCCCAGCUCAAGAUGCAAGGCCCUUGGCGCACCUCCAAAUGCGAGGCACUUCUCGGCAAUGUCAUGUACAACCUCGAAAUCACGGCCGAGCUUACGACGACGCCCGAGGCACGCAUAUUCAUACGUGGCAAGAGCUUCAUUGAGCCCUAUGUCAGUAUGCCGUUUCAGAUAAGACUUAUUGGUCCCCCAGCGCAGUCCCAGGAUCAACCACAGGAUUCGGUAAACCCGCUGCACAAAUCAUAUCCGCCGGUAGACAAAGAUCCAUACUACCCCAAUGUUGACGACGCGAUCCACUACAUCCGCCAGGCCACGAUCCGCGCCCUCACAGAGAAAUUCGCCAAGGUGGCAUCAGAGCGUCUACAGAGAGACGACAUAGACUGGGAUGAGACGACGAACGGUGUCGCCAUCAUGGAUCGCUUUGAUCGCGAAGCCAGGAUCGAUUUGUUGGGGUCGACUACUCCGGUUCUCCAUCUUCGUUUCGAAUGGCCAAGCGAUAACAACGACAACAACAGCAGCGAACAUAGCUGGGAGGCUAGAGAUAGAGACUCACAAGAUUUAGACCAGAUCGAGGGCCUGAUUGUUCAGUUCUUUCGUACUGAGAAGUUCGAAGGAAACGUCUAGUCGGCGUACAUUGCGGCUUCUGAAACACUUCUGAUGUCUCGUUUGGUGAGGGAGCGAGGGGAGAUGACACCUCGACAUUGUAGGCAAGCUCGUGUACAUCGUUGGAUUCAGUUUUCUUUCGAAUACGAUAUGAGGGUCGUUCGUAAGGAACUUCGAGCCAAUGGGAUCAUUGGUAAGAAUGGUGAUAGGUGUGCACAAAUGUGAUGGUGCUCAGACUUAGUUAAAUGGCCCCUAGGCUCGGCGAUACUCUAGGAGAGGCAGGCAGAGAAUACCUGUCGUUGUGAAUGUUUCGUUUGGUCCGAUAUACCACCAUCAUGACAGGCUUCUGUAUAGUAAUAAAAUGAAAAUACCCUUUGGUUGCCGAGAAGUGGCAGGAUCAUACCUAAUAGUCUUGGCACUCAAAGAGUUGUCAUAUUAAGAGCCAGCGCCUAAGCGGAUAUGUUUCUACUCAUGCAUAGUAGCUAGGUAGAUAACAAGAUC